AUGUUCGGUACCUCCAUUUUGCUUGCCUUUGGCGCCUCCAUCCUCAGGACUGGAGCAAAUCCCAUCUUAGCACCUCGGUCUACUUCCGCAACCCCCAUGACUUCGAGUGAGGAGCUGGAUUUUGCUGUCCCUGCUCAGUUCGCAUCCGCAGCGUAUUGCGACCCCGUUAAAGUCUCCACAUGGUCUUGCGGGUCAAACUGUGAUGCUCUGCCCGACGUCAAAAUAUACGCCACAGGAGGCGAUGGAUCCAGUAUCCAGUACUGGUACGUUGGCUAUGAUGGGUGGAAUCUUGGGGCCAUAGUUGUCGGACACCAGGGAACGAACCUAUCUUCAUUGGCGGCUGGCCUCACUGAUGUGGAACUCUUUCUCGAACCCUUAAAUUCGACACUCUUUCCUGGUCUCUCCUCAAGUAUCAUGGUCCAUAGCGGCUUCUCGAACGCCCACUCUCGCUCUGCUCGAGAUGUUUUGGCAGGGGUGCAGGCCGCAAUGGCCGAUACUGGCUGCAAAAACGUCUGGAUGGUGGGGCACUCUUUAGGAGGGGCCAUCGCUCUUCUCGAUUCAGUCUAUCUUCCUGUUCAUCUCCCUUCCAAUACGACCUUCUACACCAACACUUUUGGUAUGCCUCGCGUUGGUAACCAAGACUUUGCUGAUUACGUUGAUGCUAACGUCAAGAACUUCGCUCGUGUCACAAAUAAACUUGAUCCUAUCUCGAUCGUUCCGGGUCAAUUCCUAGGCUUCCAUCACCCAUCUUGCGAAAGGCACAUCGUCACUUCUGGCACAGCUGACGGAGACUGGUACAAUUGCGAUGGGCAGGAUAACACCAGCAAGAAUUGCUCUGUGGGCGCUGUGGGUGACAUUUUAGAUGGAAGCAUUUCUGAUCACAGUGGGCCUUACGGGCCAGUCCGUAUCGGUUGUUGAGUGACUCGCGCCACAUUUGGAUUGUUUGUGUAAGACAGUUGCUCGGAACCCGUAAAUCGAUCUUUGGCUCGUAAUCGUCCAUCAAUAACUACCCGCACGAUCCCUUACUAAUUGAACAUCAAUGAACUUUUAUUUUUGUUUUAUUUUUUGGUGGAGCCUCGCGGUGGGGAGUUCGCAUAAUGAACCUGUAAAAUUACAUCGUUUAAUGUACUUAUGUCGUG